UCUGCCAUCUGCAAACCCAGCGGUUGGAUCUGUGAUAUGCACACACAACUUAGUUUGAUAACAAAUCGGCACCGCCUCGUUUUACUUCUGGAUUCAUUCUAAGAACACACGGUGCUCCGCGGUGUUUUCAAUCUCUUCCUACACCAGUUCUUUUCCCCUGUCCGAAAGCUCCGGGACAUGCCGAGUCGCGGAGGCGUUUCUCCUUCCACCCGAAGCCUCCCCUAACUUGGGAUCCCACGGAAGGCGCUAUGUCAUGAAGCAGGAACACACUUGUGGACAUCACUGAAAUCGCUGAGAGGAGGACGACUUCACUCCGUUGAACUGAUCUCUAACGGGCCACCUUGCCUAAGACGACACAGCGGGCUGGCCUGCUGCUGUUAGACUUCUGUUAUCUUUUGCCACCUGUAAAACACCACCGCCAUCAUGCAGACCUCAUCGCUGCGCCGCCAGAUGAAAAACAUGGUCAACAACUACACAGAGGCUGAGAUCAAGGUCCGAGAGGCCACCUCCAACGACCACUGGGGGCCUCCCAGCUCGCUCAUGUCUGAGAUCGCAGACCUUACCUUCAAUGUUGUGGCUUUCGCUGAGGUUAUGGGUAUGAUCUGGAAGCGGCUCAAUGACCAUGGUAAAAACUGGCGCCAUGUUUAUAAGGCACUGACCCUGCUGGACUACCUGAUCAAAACGGGCUCCGAGCGCGUGGCCCAGGAGUGCCGGGAGAACAUACACACCAUCCAGACACUGAGAGACUUCCAGUACAUAGAUCGGGAUGGACGUGACCAGGGUAUCAAUGUCCGAGAGAAGGCCAAGCAGCUGGUGGCUCUGCUGAGGGAUGAGGAAAAGCUGAAGCGGGAGAGGAGCCAGGCACUGAAGACCAAGACGCGUAUGGCUGGGGUCACCAGCAGCUUAAGCUCUGGAUCCUUGCCUCCUCCUUACCCAGGUCAACGCACAAGUUCGGCAGGGGUCUAUGGGGAGGAUAUGAGGAGGUGCAGAAGCUCACCAUCCUCUCACUCCUCCUCUUCCUCUCCUCGCCUUGCUCCUGACAUGGAGCAAGCUCGGCCCGCAACCAGCGGAGAGGAGGAGCUGCAGCUGCAGCUGGCCCUGGCUAUGAGCCGAGAAGAAAGUGAAAAGCCACCUCCCCCUGUGGACAUUGAUGAACAGACCCAGCUGCAGAUCGCUAUGAGCCUCAGCAAGGAGGAGGCACAAAAGCCAGUCCAGCGUGCACCUGCCACACUGGAUAUGGAUGAGGAAACUCAGCUCCAGUUAGCCCUGAGCCUGAGCAAGGAAGAGCACCAACAGGAACAACUCAGUCGCCAAGGAGACGAGUCGAUGCUCCAGAAAGCUUUGGAGGAAAGCAAACGUCAGAUGGAGUCUAAAGGCGGGACCGCCUUCAUGGACCUGGUAGAUGUUUUUGCAGUGUCCUCAGAUCUGCCUUCUGGUGAUAGUCGAUGGAAUAAUGCUGCACAACAGGCAGCAGCUCAACUGGGGGGAACAGACCCCUGGGACUCCCUGGAAGGCAGCACUAACACCUCAAGAGGAGAUGCUUCGUGGAUGGUCCCACCACCAUCCAACAGUCCUCCCCCGCCAUGGGAGCCCCCCGCUGAACCCUGGGACGGCCAGCCGAACAAUGUCUCUAACCUCAAUGCCACUGGCCGUGUGUGGGCUUUCCCUGCAAAUACAGCCUCCUCAAGAGUCGAUCCAUUCUCAGCCCCCCUAUCAGAGAGAACAACAGCCGAUGGAGCUGUCAGGGAACCUUUUCCCCGAACUGGAAGCCCCUCUGAUGGAGAUCUGUUUGAUGAGGCCAUGGAUGGAGGUCAGAUGAACGUCAACGGACGAGGGGAGGGCAGUCCUGAGCUCUUUGACCUGUCACAUCUUGGGGAAAGCCUGGCUGCCCCCAGCCCUCGUACAUGCCGGACGCCUGAGUCCUUCCUGGGCCCCACAGCAGCGUCCUUGGUAAACCUGGACAGCUUGAUCCCAGUGAAUCCCCCAGCCAAGACCAAGAACCCCUUUUUAUCAGGCCUGAGUGCUCCUUCAGCCACCAAUCCAUUCCAAACUGACCAGCCCAAACUAACUCUGAAUCAAAUGGGCUCCGGCUCCACCUCUUUGGCUCCUCACAGCACUACUCUUCCAUACAGUGCCUCCUUGCCUCUGCCCAUGAGCCACCAGCCUGCCAGCCUCCCUUCGUCACUUACUCACCCCACCCAGCCUGGCCUGGACCUGCCGGGGAACCUCCCUGAGCCCUUGUUGCCCUUCUCUUCAGCCAGUACUCAGGGAUCACAGGCUGCACAGAGCAGUCAGAACCCUUUCUUAUGAGGACCAACUAAACU